UUUACACACAGUUUAAUGAUGGCGAUGGGACAUUUGAAAUCAGGACGCGUCACCUGUGGGAAAGUCUUCUGUUACUUUAUCUACCCUUAAUAGUACGCUUACUUAGAGUAAACUAACUUAAUCGUUUGAAAUGUCGCCGGACAGGACGCUUUACAGCUGACACCUCAGAUUAAACGAACACGGGAUUUAACCAAGAGGAAAAACUUAGCUUGCCAUGUCUCUCCUGUGCGUGAGAGUUAAGAAAGCCAAACUUCAUGGAUCAAUAGAUAAAUUCAACGCCUAUGUGACACUUAAAGUACAAAAUGUGAAGAGCACGACCAUCACAGUGCGGGGAGACCAGCCAUGUUGGGAGCAGGACUUCAUGUUUGAGAUCAGUCGACUGGACCUGGGCCUUAUUGUAGAGGUAUGGAACAAAGGUCUCAUCUGGGACACCAUGUUAGGAACAGCCUGGAUCCCUCUUAAAAGUGUACGUCAUUCAGAGGAGGAGGGUCCUGGCGAUUGGAUAUUCCUGGACUCUGAAGUUUUGAUGAAGGCAGAUGAGAUAUAUGGGACCAAAAACCCUACGCCACAUCGAGUCCUGCUGGACACUCGCUUUGAGCUGCCAUUCGACAUCCCAGAGGAUGAGGCGCGAUACUGGACUGGUAAACUGGAACGCAUCAAUUCUAUGAGCAUGCACAAUGAGUUUCCCUUACAGGAUGAAGUAGCGGGACGAUCAUUGCCAUGUGCUGCAUCUCAGUGCUCUUUGGAUGACUUGGACAGUGCCAUGGACGAUAGGGACAGUGACUAUCGAAGUGAAACGAGCAGCAGUUUACCUCCUCGGUACCACACCACAGCCCAGCCCAACUCCUCGCUUCACCAGUAUCCCAUGGGACCACGCUGCCAGCAAAACUUGGACUCCUGCGCAGACUCUGUUCAUAGCUUUGAAAUUGACUAUAGGGACCACCAUGCAAGCAGCCCCGUAGACUCCAGUCGUUUCGGGUCUUCAGGGAACCUCAGCCAAGCUAGUUCUCAGCUCAGUGAGACUGGCCAGGAAAGUGCUGUCUGUUCAGAGGUGGAGGAGUCCUAUCAUUCCUUCCACACCAUUGGCUGUCGACCACCCAGAAAUGAAAAUCACUCUACCAAUGGACAUACUUCCUGGAGGGAAAAUGAAGGAGUGACGUCCUCCCAGGAUAUCGGGAAGGUUUUAAGUGGUAGCAUUAAAAAAGAACUGAACAAAGCACCUGAAAAAUCUCACAAAAGCCUUCAGAGAGAUGGGUCUCCAUUGCCGUUUUCUUUGCCCAGAUUACGCUGGCUGAAAGCAAUCAACAAAGUGAGACUUCAGUUAAAGGAGGGAAAAGAAAAUGGAGAUAAUUCAAGGAACGCUUGGGUUAAAACUGGAAAUGGGGGUGGAAUAUUUGGAAUUGACAGUAUGCCGGAUCUACGGAAGAAGAAAGCCAUCCCUCUGGUUAGCGAUGUGUCUUUGGUUCAGGCCAGGAAGGCUGGCAUUGCAUCUGCGAUGGCCUCCCGUUCCUCCAUAAAAGAUGAAGAACUGAAGAGCCACGUGUACAAGAAAACACUACAAGCGUUAAUCUACCCCAUUUCAUGUACCACACCUCACAACUUUGAGGUGUGGACAGCGACCACACCCACCUACUGUUACGAGUGUGAGGGGCUUCUGUGGGGCAUCGCUCGACAGGGCAUGCGCUGCACCGAAUGUGGGGUCAAGUGCCACGAGAAGUGCCAAGAGCUGCUAAAUGCAGACUGCCUGCAACGGGCGGCUGAGAAAAGCUCCAAACAUGGAGCUGAGGAUCGCACUCAGAACAUCAUCAUGGCCAUGAAAGAUCGCAUGAAGAUCCGUGAGAGGAACAAACCUGAGAUUUUUGAAGUCAUCCGAGAUGUGUUUGUGGUCAGCAAGGCCAUCCACGCUCAACAGAUGAAGACCAUCAAGCAGAGCGUUCUGGAUGGAACAUCAAAGUGGUCGGCCAAGAUCACAAUCACAGUUCUCUGUGCUCAAGGGCUGCAGGCUAAAGAUAAGACCGGUUCCAGUGAUCCAUAUGUCACCGUCCAGGUGGGUAAAACCAAGAAGAGGACCAAGACCAUUUUUGGCAACCUCAAUCCAGUCUGGGAGGAGAAGUUUCAUUUUGAAUGCCACAACUCUUCUGACCGCAUCAAAGUGCGGGUUUGGGAUGAAGAUGAUGACAUAAAAUCACGAGUAAAGCAACGCCUAAAAAGAGAAUCUGAUGAUUUCCUGGGUCAAAGUAUCAUUGAGGUGCGAACGUUGAGUGGAGAAAUGGACGUCUGGUAUAACCUGGAGAAAAGAACAGACAAAUCUGCAGUUUCUGGCGCCAUCCGCCUUCAGAUCAGCGUGGAAAUUAAGGGGGAAGAAAAAGUGGCACCCUACCAUGUCCAGUAUACCUGUUUACAUGAGAACCUCUUUCACCACAUCACAGAUGUCAUCGGUCAGGGUGUGGUGAAGAUCCCAGAAGCUCGUGGUGAUGAUGCCUGGAAGGUCUACUUUGAUGAUGUGGCCCAAGAAAUAGUGGAUGAGUUUGCAAUGCGCUAUGGGAUUGAAUCCAUCUACCAGGCAAUGACGCACUUUGCAUGUCUUUCAUCUAAGUACAUGUGUCCCGGCGUUCCUGCUGUGAUGAGUACACUGCUGGCCAACAUCAACGCCUACUACGCCCACACCACUGCAUCCACCAACGUCUCUGCUAGUGACAGAUUUGCUGCAUCCAACUUUGGGAAAGAACGAUUUGUCAAGCUGUUGGAUCAGCUUCACAAUUCUCUUCGCAUUGACCUCUCAAUGUAUCGAAACAACUUUCCUGCGAGCAGUAAGGACCGCCUGCAGGACCUCAAAUCUACCGUUGACCUCCUGACCAGCAUUACUUUCUUCCGAAUGAAGGUCCAGGAACUGCAGAGUCCCCCAAGAGCCAGUCAGGUUGUGCGAGACUGUGUCAAGGCCUGCCUCAACUCCACAUAUGACUACAUAUUUGACAAUUGUCAAGAGCUGUACAGUCGCCAGUAUCCUCAGAUCGGAGACACGAAUAAGGAAGAAAGCACCCCUGAAGAUCAAGGCCCGAGUAUCAAGAACUUGGACUUCUGGCCUAAACUCAUAACCCUCAUUGUGUCCAUCAUCGAGGAGGAUCGUAACUCUUACACGCCUGUCCUAAACCAGUUUCCUCAGGAGCUGAAUGUAGGGAGAUUAAGUGCUGAAGUCAUGUGGAAUCAGUUCUCACAGGAUAUGAAAUACGCAAUGGAAGAACAUGAGAAGCACAGACUGUGUAAGAGCGCGGAUUACAUGAACCUGCACUUCAAAGUCAAGUGGCUAUAUAACGAAUAUGUGAAGGAUCUGCCUGCCUUUAAGGGAGUCGUGUCCGAGUAUCCAACAUGGUUCCAGCAGUUUGUCCUGCAGUGGCUGGAUGAGAAUGAAGAUGUGUCCAUGGAGUUCAUGCAUGGAGCUCUAGAGAGAGAUAAGAAGGAUGGAUUCCAGCAGACCUCUGAGCACGCCCUCUUCUCCUGUUCGGUGGUGGACGUCUUCACUCAGCUCAACCAGAGCUUUGAGAUCAUCAAGAAACUGGAUUGUCCCGACCCCAAAGUCAUGGCCCUCUACAGUCGCCGCUUCGCCAAGACCAUCGACAAAGUUCUCCUGCAGUACAGCGCCAUACUAAAGAAACACUUCCCAUCCUAUUGUGACAAGGAGAAGAUUCCGUGCGUCUUGAUGAAUAAUGUGCAGCAGUUGCGUGUCCAGCUUGAGAAGAUGUUUGAAUCGAUGGGGGCUAAACAGGUGGCGGUCAGCAGUACACAGCUGGACACAGAAGCCAGUGACAUCCUGAAUGAUCUGCAGGUUAAACUCAACAAUGUUCUGGAUGAGCUGAGCAGCACCUUUGGAAACACGUUUCAGAGUCGUAUUGAUGACUGUAUGAGGCAGAUGGCCAGUUUGCUGUAUCAAAUCAAGGGUCCUGUGAAUGCUAACAGUCGUAACCAGGUGGAGGUUGAUUCUGAUAACAUGCUGCGACCGCUCAUGGACUUCCUGGAUGCAAAUCUGAUGCUGUUUGCGUCGGUAUGUGAGAAAACCGUCCUGAAGAGAGUCCUGAAAGAGCUGUGGAGGAUCGUGAUGGACAGCCUUGAGAAAAACAUCAUCCUUCCUCAAAGCAACGACUCAUCUGGAAUGUUUUUCUCAGCGGCUAAAGAACUGGGUCAACUCUCUAAACUCAAGGAUCACAUGUCUGGUGAUGCUAAAAGUCUGUCGCCUAAACAGUGUGCAGUUAUGGAUGUGGCCUUAGAUACCAUAAAGCAAUACUUUCAUGCUGGUGGAAAUGGUUUGAAAAAGGCAUUCUUGGAGAAAAGCCCAGAACUUUCCUCGCUGCGACACGCACUGUCCCUUUACACCCAGACCACAGACACACUCAUCAAAACAUUUGUUACUACUCAGCACGCACAAGGUUCUGGAGUUGAUAAACCCAUUGGAGAAGUUUCCAUACAGAUUGACCUCUUCACUCACCCAGGCACUGGAGAGCACAAAGUUACAGUUAAAAUUGUGGCGGCAAAUGAUCUGAAGUGGCAGACAUCUGGAAUGUUCAGGCCAUUUGUGGACGCCACCAUGAUCGGCCCUCAUCUCAGCGACAAGAAACGCAAGUUCACCACUAAAUCGAAGAACAACAGCUGGGCGCCCAAAUUUAACGAGACCUUUCACUUUAUUCUUGGGAAUGAGGAUAGCCCAGAGUGUUAUGAGCUUCAGGUGUGCGUGAAGGACUACUGCUUCGGCCGUGCGGACCGUGUGGUCGGGGUCGCCGUCGUACAGCUGCGCGACGUCGCCCCAAAGGGCAGCUGUGCCUGCUGGUGUCCUCUGGGUCCACGGAUACACAUAGAUGACACCGGCCUCACCAUCAUGCGUAUCCUCUCUCAGCGCUCAGGCGACGAGGUGGCAAAAGAGUUCGUGAAACUCAAGUCUGAGACCCGCUCGGCUGAGGAGGGGAGGUGAGAACGACCAUCGACGCUGAAAGAAUGGUUAAAUAGACAUAAAAUUUACGUAAAAGGCAAACUCCAUGUCAACACUUUUCGUGGCCAAUGACGUUCCAUAAAGGUUUCCAGUUGCACGAGAUGAUGCAUUGAUACACUGCUGUCUUUUAUCCUUAAUACCAUAGAUGGAAACCUUAUACUGUUUAUUUGUUCAUCACUUUAAAGUGUGAAGCACAUGCACAAGACGACUUUAUGGUAAACACUAUAUUUAUUUAGAUGUGAAUGAAAGCAUUUCAGUACGCUGUAUGUGUAUCAAGUCACUGUCAUUUUCACAUUUAACACUGUGUCAAACUUUACUGAGAUCCUUUGCAAACUUUUAAUUUGUGAUUUGAUCUCCAACCUGUACAGUAGGUGGCGCUGGGUGUUUAGUUGGCUAGCAUCUGUCGUAUAGAUUCCUCUUACAUGUGCACUUUUUCUUCGCCCAUGUCCAUUAUCGCCUUAUCUAAUAGAUGUGGUGAAUGUGUCAAGUUUAGGAGAAAUAUAAUUGUUAUAAGACAGAGCUAGGGCUCAUAUAUCAUACACUUGGUGUUGUGGAGUGAUUCUUUGCACGAAUGCAAGCAAUCCUGAAGAGCAAGUGACCGUAAGUUCACACUUCACCCGGUCACAAGUCCGUCAGUGCCUUUCUGGCUUUGGCUGAUCUGCUGCUUGUAACGGUCACCGUUUAUUUCAAAUGUGGGGUAUUACUUUAUUCAUUGUUUGGCCAACAGGUGGCGUUAACUUCCUCAAGCUCACAUAUGCACCUGUCUACAUUUAUUUUCUCUUAUUGCAUAACAUGUUCACGUGCAACAUUAUCGGACAGUAUUAAAGCUUAUAUUUUCAUGAUUUAGCUAUGUGAUAUGUAUAAAGGUGUAAGUGCUUAAUAGAUUUUUAAUGUGUGUAAUAUUUGUCUGUAAGUUAUUUAAACACUGGAAGGGCUGUUAAAUCUGUGGGUAGUGAUAAACAGCAUUAAUAAAUUUUAGAGGGAAAGAAAAUAAUUGAUAUAUUUAAAAUUAAAGUGACUAAAUGUAUUUCAUUUCAAAGAGGCCUUAUUUUAUUUGUUCGGUUAUUAUUUCCUUUUAAGACAAUUUAGUGAUUUACCCCGUGAAGUUAUUUUAUUCAUUUUACUGCGAGAGGGGUUUAACUGUGUUCCUCUUCGACUGAUUUAUUGUCGACUUUAGUAAUUUUGUACUUUGUCGUACUUUGUUUUUCAUAAAUCUGUGAUAAUUUGAGGGGAAAUAAGACUUUUUUUUGUAGUUGAGCAAAAGUCUUUCCUUGUACAUCCAGAUUUGACUGUAUAAAUAUUGUAUUUUUAACAGAAAACACUGCCAAUAUUAAAAAAAAAUAUGUAUGUGUAUGUUGAUAUUGCCAAUAAUUUUAGCAUAUGUGGAACCUGUUAUUAUUUCGUCUACUUUUCAUACUCUGUCACUUUCUGUUACUGUACUGUUGUUUUAGACCAGAAGUGUAUUGUAGGAGGGAACUAUCACUCUUUGUAAUAUACUGUAUAUGUUCCUUGUGCCAACUUGUGGAAGUUCUCACAUUUUUUAACCAAGUAAACCAAUGUUAAUAAUAAUCACAGAUCUGACAUGUACAGGAUUUACAUUUUACGAUUUACAUUCACAUUUUUGAAGUUUUAUUGAUAUUGUAUACAGUCACUGACAAGGAAAAAUGUGUUAUUUAAAUGUUUGUGUGUGCGA